AUGGCGAACAGAUUAUCCUCCAGAUACGACCAGCAACGAUGGCUUUCGGAAACGAAAUCAACAACUCCCUCUCCACCUACUUCUCCCUCUCUUUCGUCGACGGUGCCUUCGACCCCGGGCUUCACGACACCUAGCUCCGAUAGCUCCUCCCCUCGCGCCCGUAAGCGUGAGUCUGCCAAAGGCAAAUUCAACCUUUACGGCGAUGAUUGGGAAGAUACCGUCGAUUUCGCGAUCCAAUCCUUCGAUCAGCUUCCACACAGACUUUUCGGUGCCAACCAGCAUAUGAUAAUCAAUUACGAAUUGAAAGAAGCACUACGUCUCAUGCUGCGGCAAUUCAAUGCCCCGAUAGUCUACUGUUUCGCAUAUGGGUCGGGAGUCUUCCCUCAAGAGGACGCAAGCAAGCCCAUUACCGAGGCCGAAUUCCGAGCCGUCCACCCAAAGCCUCCCGAUGCGCUUGUCAAGUCCCAGAAGGGCUCCCCCAAGAUGAUUGACUUCAUUUUUGGUGUAUCCCAUGUCCAACACUGGCACUCAGUGAAUAUGAAGCAACAUCGCGACCACUACUCGGGAAUUGCCUCCUUGGGCUCCGGUUUCGUCUCGAGAGUUCAGAACUGGGGUGCCGGCGUGUACUUCCACCCUUACAUUGAGAUGAACGGGAUGUUGAUCAAAUACGGCGUCACAAGCAUUGACAACCUCGUAACCGAUCUAUCCACCUGGGACAGCCUCUACCUUGCUGGUCGCCUUCAGAAGCCGGUCAAGAUUUUGCGCGACCACCCCCAGGUCCGAGUCGCAAACCAGCGCAAUCUCAUUGCGGCCCUUCGCACAGCGCUCUUGCUACUGCCCCCGAAUUUCACCGAGGAGGAGCUUUACACUGCCAUCUCCGGUAUGAGCUACCUGGGCGACCCUCGCAUGUCGCUCCCGACGGAGAACAAAAGCAAGGUCGACAACAUCGUGAAGAACAACAUGGUCCACUUCCGUCGUCUGUAUGCGCCGCUCAUCAAAACGCUCCCCAACGUCACCUUCACCGAGAACGUCCGCCUCGACGACGAGGACUGGGUGCUCAACCCCCUCGCCAACACCAAGCUUGAGCAGGACAUGGACCCAGUCAAGCGCGGGAACAUGGUCCGUCGCCUGCCCUCAAAGUUCAGAUCACGACUCUACUUCCGCUACCAGAAGAACCUCUCCAUCCCCAAGGAGGAAUUCUCGAGGAUGAUGAAGGAGGCUUCCGACGAGGAAGGCGCCUCCGUCCAGCGACACAUCGGAGGAGAGUUCGAGCGGCGAAUCGCCACCGACGACCCCAAGCAGCUAAGGCAGGUCGUGCGCCGCGUGAUCAGGCAGACGGUCAAUUGGCCCAGCACCGUAACGAGCCUCAAGGGCUUAGCGACCGGCGGCUGGGGCAGGACGCUGCGGUAUCUCCGUGAGAAGUUUGAGAAGUGGUCCAAGGGCAGGGCACAGGAGAAGGCAAAGAAAUCUGCUGCUUCUGAGAGCGAGAAGGAGAAGUCGGGAUGA